AUGCCCCUUGACUUCCUCAUGCUGCUGGGCCCUGUGUCUGAGAACGUGCGCGGCCGCGGCGCAGAGGCGGAGCCUGAUGCCCGCGGGGCCGCGCUCCAGGAAGUGCUCGGGGCAGCGGGUGUCUCGGGAGCGUUGCACCGCGCCCUCGGGUUCGCGGCACCUGGCCGCGCGCCUGGCCCCGUGGGCGGGGACCCGGGCGCCCUGGAGCAGCCGGCCUCGGUUGCCGAGGCGGUGUCGUCCUUGACCAUCGCCGACGCGUUCGUGGCCGCGGGCGGGAGCCCCGCGCCGCCGGCGCCGCCCCGCGCGCUCCUUAGGCGGUUCAUCUGCUCCUUCCCCGACUGCAGCGCCAGUUACAACAAGGCCUGGAAGCUAGACGCGCACCUGUGCAAGCACACGGGGGAGAGACCGUUUGCUUGUGACUAUGAAGGCUGUGGCAAGGCCUUCGUCAGGGACUACCAUCUGAGUCGCCACCUCCUGAUUCAUACUGGAGAAAAACCAUUUGUUUGUACAGCUAAUGGUUGUGAUCAGAAAUUCAACACAAAAUCAAACUUGAAGAAACAUUUUGAACGCAAACAUGAAAAUCAGCAAAAACAGUAUGUAUGUAAUUUCGAAGGUUGCAAGAAGGCCUUUAAGAAACAUCAGCAGCUGAAAGUCCAUCAGUGCGAACAUACCAACGAGCCCCCAUUCAGGUGUCCCCAGGAGGGGUGCGGGAAGCACUUUACCUCGCCCAGUAAGCUGAAACGACACGGAAAGGUCCACGAGGGCUAUGUAUGUCAAAAGGGAUGUUCCUUUGUGGCAAAAACAUGGACAGAACUUCUAAAACACAUGAGAGAAACCCACAAAGAGGAAAUAUCAUGUGAAGUAUGCCAGAAAACAUUUAAACGCAAAGAUUACCUGAAGCAACACAUGAAAACUCAUGCCCCAGAACAGCUUGUGUGUCAGUGCCCAAGAGAAGGCUGUGGAAGAACCUACACCACAGUGUUCAAUCUCCACAGCCAUAUUCUCUCUUUCCAUGAGGAACUGCGCCCGUUUGUGUGUGAACACACUGGCUGUGGCAAGACAUUUGCAAUGAAACAAAGCCUCAUGAGGCAUGCUGUUGUGCAUGAUCCUGACAAGAAGAAAAUGAAGCUUAAAGUAAAACCAUCUCGGGAAAAACGGAGUUUGGCCUCUCACCUCAGUGGCUAUAUCCCUCCCAAAAGGAAACAAGAGCAAGACUCAUCUUUGCCUAAAAACAGAGGGUUGGGGACCCGUGUGGAAGACAAGGUGCUCUCGACGGUCGCGGUGCUCGCCCUCCACUAGGCACCUAACGAGCCUUGUUGAAGGACUAGACCACUGAGUUUUUUUCUUGCUCAGAAGUCUGUUUGUCUUUAUUAAAAUCACUGAUGCAGAACA